UGAUAUAUGACAGUGACAGUCAACAAAGCCAGACUCCAUUGAAAAUCAAAAGCAUAAGGGUUAAGAGUGCAUAAAACAGUGAAAACUACGAACUUUGGCAGUGUCGUGUGCCAAAACGUAGCUAACAACUAUCCGGAACGGUGCUAACGCGGCGCUAGGAUGUUGUUCCCUCGGGGACAAUCUUAACAGCCGGACUAGAAAGUGACUACUUCAAUUCCGGUUUGCGUCAAAAGUAUAAACAAAAUUGGCGGUAAAGAUGGAGUCAGAAAAGAGUAAAACUUCGCUGUCUGCUGAAACAAAUGAGGAAUACAGAGUUCAGGUAACUUCGAAAAAAGAAGUUAUUGAACAGAUCAAUAAAUAUAAAGAGGUUUUAAAGACAGCGCUGGAUGGACAGCCAAACAUGGCGGAGGAGACGAAGCAAGUUUUACUACAGGAGCUGCUGGCGAACUUUGAGGCAGCAGUUCAGGACAACGUGCUGGUGGAUGGAAAGCCGUGGGAGGAGGCAUCGGACCCUGAAGAGAAUGAGCCUCCCGAUCUGGACGUCCUGCUGGAUGACACCAUUGUGGAGACCACCAGGAGGCGCUGUGCAUACCCCAGAAAGAUCCUGCCUCAUGUGGUCCACUCCCUCAAAGCUGAACGUAAACUUAUGGGGCUGUAUGAGCACACAGUCGAAACUCAAGAGGUUGUUAAAGACCCUGUUCAAGAGACCAUCAUGAGUGAUUUGUCAGCAGUGGCUCCUGGGAUGGUGAAACAAGCUAUCCAGGUUAUAAAGUCAAUCAACACUUUACAGAAACAAGCUGAAGGCCUCUGUGAGGUCCUCAGCAUGAAACCCAGUCUCACCACUCUGGAGAUCCACAGAGACGUGUUCGACUGCAGCAGCCAGUUCGACGCUCCUCUGCCUUCCGUGGGUGGAGCUACGAGGAGCAGGCAGCCAAUCAAGCGAGCCACAGAGGAAGCAGCAGCUGCACACUGCUACGUGCCACCCAACAAGAAACGACACCACCCUGUGGCAGAGGGAAAACCUCAGUGAUACUGUUAUUCAGCUCUUUAAAAGAAGAGGAGACAGCUGUUAAAAAGUAUAUUGUAGUCAUUUUAAACAUAGUGAAAGGUUAGUAAAGGCUCUGUGACUUAUAUUUGGACAUGAAUAGGCAAUAUUAACAUAGCUAUAACUAUAAAUACCAUAAACAAUGAUCUGUCCCCGUUACUCUUGUGCAUUCCUACUGCUGGAUGGCACAAAACCACAAAGGCACUUUUUAAAUGCACGAAUGGCUAAAAGUGCCGCUCUCUCCUCCGCAUAUAUGAAUAUUUUCUGCUUGUUUUCUUUUAUGCCAUAUUAACAUAAACAUUUUUGCGGUUUGGACAAAACAUCUGAAGCCGCCAUCUUGGGCUCUUGGGAACUGGGAUGGAUAUUUUUCAUUAUUUAAUGACAUUUUACGAUAAAUGGCUGAAGGAUUUACUGAUAAUGAAAAUAAUUAUUUGCACCCAGAAGCCCCUUCUUAAUUUUUGAUUCUGUUUAUACUGACCAGUAUCUGACUGAAUUAAACCACUGGCCCAAACCAUUUGUACCUUA